CACACUUCACCAUAAAACUCACACUUCUCUCUUCAAUUCUACUCUCUCUGUAACAUUCAUCCACCAUGGCUAUGGCUUUCAAGAUGGCAACAACGGGAAUGUGGGUGACGGAUGAAUGCAAGAACUCGUUUAUGGAGAUGAAAUGGAAGAAAGUUCAUCGAUACAUAGUGUUUAAGAUCGAUGAGAAAUCAAAACUGGUGACGGUGGAUAAGGUUGGUGGUGCCGGUGAAGGCUACUCAGAUCUCGAAGCUUCCCUGCCUGGGGAUGACUGCCGCUAUGCCGUCUUCGAUUUCGACUUCGUCACCGUUGACAAUUGCCAUAAGAGCAAGAUCUUCUUCAUUGCAUGGGCUCCAAGUGCAUCAAGAAUUAGAGCAAAGAUGUUAUAUGCAACAUCAAAAGAUGGAAUAAGAAGAGUGUUGGAUGGCAUCCACUAUGAACUCCAAGCAACUGAUCCAACUGAGAUGGGGUUUGAUGUCAUUCAAGAUAGAGCCAAAUAA